UUCCCUGAGCUACAGCGAAGUGUUCUGCAGCAAAACCAUGGAUGUAUAAAAAUGACACUGAAGUUCAUCUGUUUCAGACUUAGAGCUUCUAACGAUGAGGAUGAGCCGUAGACACGAACCGGAAUGAAGCUGCCGGUGUCUUUCAGUUGUUGAGGGUCGGUCGAUGGCAAUACGUCUUCCCUGGCACUCUAGGAUGGGCCAUGAUAGGCUUUUCAAGUAAUGUGGGGGUUAUGGCAAGUCUAACAAACUCUGAAGAACAGCAGUCACCCUUUGUUUUGUCCAAUUCAUGGCCCCAAACCCAGGACUCAAACAAGAAGUGGAAAGGUUUAGGUGGAUUUGUUUUGGUUCAUGCAGGAGCAGGAUAUCAUUCAGAAUCUAAAGCCAAGGAAUACAAGCAUGUGUGCAAAAGAGCCUGUCAGAAGGCUGUUGACCAGCUCAAAUCUGGUGCCCUGGCCGUGGAAGCUGUUGCAGCAGCCUUGGUUGAGGUUGAUUCCCCCUUUACAAAUGCUGGCAUGGGCUCUAACCUGAAUUUAUCAGGGGAAAUUGAAUGCGAUGCUAGUAUCAUGGAUGGGAAGUCUCUGCAUUAUGGUGCUGUCGGUGCGAUUAGUGGUAUCAAAAACCCCAUCUUAGUUGCCAAUCGCUUAUUAACCGAGGCACAGAAAGGGAAGCUCUCCGCUGGCAGAAUCCCUCCCUGUUUUUUAGUGGGACAGGGAGCUCAAGACUGGGCUGUUUGCCACGGAAUACCUCCUUGUCCUUCAGAGAAAAUGACCACCAAGUUCAGUUUGUCUGCCUAUAAGAGGAACAAGCGGAAGAUGGAGCUGGCAGAGAAAAUGGACAUGGGGCAUAAUCAGGCCAAGAGGAGACGACAAUCAAGCGGAAACGAAAAUGGAUCCGGGUGCCUUGACACAGUGGGAGCUGUAGUUGUGGAUCUUGAAGGUAAUGUUGCAGCAGCAGUGUCCAGUGGAGGCCUCGCCAUGAAACAUCCAGGCAGAGUUGGACAGGCAGCUCAUUAUGGAUGUGGAUGCUGGGCUGAAAAUGCCAACGACAUGAUUUCCUAUUCUACAGCAGUGAGCACUUCAGGCUGUGGGGAGCAUCUGAUUCGCACCAUGCUGGCCCGGGAAUGCUCCUCUGCCAUGCAGUCCGAAGAUGCCCACCAAGCGCUGCUGGAAGCUAUGCAAAACAAAUUCAUCAGCUCACCCUUCCUGGCCAGUGAGGACCGGGUGUUGGGUGGGGUGAUCGUCCUGCGGUGCUGCAGAUGUGUGGAAGCGCAGCCAUCUCAAAACAUUCAGGGUUUACUGGUGGAGUUCCUUUGGAGUCACACCACAGAAAGCAUGUGUGUUGGAUACAUGUCAGCCCAAGACAGCAAAGCAAAGACGCACAUAUCCCGCUUGCCUCCUGGGACUGUCCCCGGUCAGUCUCUCGCCAUCGAAGGGGGCGUCUGUCGGCUCAUGAACUCCUCAGACUGACCCACGGCUGCCCUGCUCCACACCUUGGUCUAAAUCCCGAUCCACACCCUGGUCUACUGGGCUCCCACAGCAAUACUCUUAUUCACUUACUCCCCCCUAAACCCCACUCCCUCCCCCCUGUAACGUUCCACUACCACCACUUUAGUGAAGCCACACGUAAUGAGCUUUAGCUAUUGCAACAGGUGCCCGGAAAGAAGGGAUGUUUGCUUACUUACUUACUUACUUAACUUUGUAGUGCACUUAAAGAACUUCCUUGUGUUCCAGCAUGUUACUCUAUGCCAUUUCCCUUCCUCUCCCAAAAGCUUUUCUUGGGACACCUGGAUGAGACUUGAUGCUCCAUAUUUUACACGUACUUAAACCCCGUUAGUGGCAUUUUGGUUUUGUACAUAAGCUAUUAUUAUUUAGGAAAGCAGGGUAAUCUGUGAAGUCCAUUUAUAAGAGUGAUUUGGUUUUGAAAUGACUUAUUUAACUGGUUUGCUACACCAUGCUGAAUGCUUACUAGUCCAAUGUGAAGGGAAAUUAUGCAUACUUGCCAUAUUACUUUCUCACUUUACAUAUAUUAUAUUGUUUCUCAGAUUGUAACAGAAUCGUGAUUGUUCAGUUUAUCAUAGGUCAUAGACUUUGCCUUGUUUUUAUUGUAAAUUUCUUUCGCAUGCAUAUAUCUAAAAUAAGCCAGAUUUACAGUAAGCUAUGCAUAUAUGGAGUGAUUCGUAGAGCUCAGGUAGCAGCUGCCAAUCUUUGACUGUUAAUAUCACCUGAAUUUGUUAUCAAUUUUGUAUAGUCACACUUUAAAAAGUUUUUACAAAAUUUUAUGUUUCGAAAGCCCAUGUAAUGGUGCUGGUAAAUUGUACUUGAACGGUGUGAUGGUGAAAUUGAUAAUAGUGGUAGGACUAAGCUACUCUAGAGCUUGUACUUGAAAUUACAGCUAAUAUAACUAUAAGCUAUUGUAACUGCACAGCUCUUAACAGUGCUCACAAGGUCAAUAAACCUGUCUUGUUACAGUUUUGGUCAAAA